AUGGAACAAAAUCAAAAACUUAUUGUUAUUCUUCUACCAAUAAUUUUCAUACUUGGUACAAUUACGAUUUAUUCAUCGUUUCUAUAUACUCAUCCUAGUUCUGUUAUAUCCAAUAAUCGUGUUCAUGUUGAAUUUUUUGUUAUGUCAAAAUGUCCAGAUGCAAUGAAAUGUGAAACAUCAAUGCUUCCAAGUUUAUUAAAACUUUCAUCAAUUAUUAAUUUUACUCUUUCAUUUAUUGCUACAGAAGCAAAGUUAAAUGAUUUUAAUUGUAUGCAUGGUAUAGAAGAAUGUAUAGGAAAUAAACAACAAUUAUGUAUACAAGAUAUGUAUUCACAAACCGUAUUUAUUAAAUAUCUACAAUGUCAAUCAAAACGAAUCGAUAUGAUUCCAUAUAAUGGUGAACGAUGUGCAAGCGAAACUUCUGGAAAUAUUAUUAAAUGGCAUGAUGUACAAUCAUGUGUACAAUCAAAUAAAGCAAAUGAAUUAUUUCAUAAAUCAUUACAACGAACAUAUUUAAUGGCAGCUAGAAAAUCAUGUACAAUUUAUAUAAAUGGAAGAUUGUGGUGUAUGCAUGAUAGAUUUUGGUCAAAUUGUGCUGAAGGUCAUGAUGAAAUGAGUUUUAUUCGAGCCAUUUGUUUAAGAUAUAAUGGACGAAAUAAACCAGUAGAAUGUACAAUUUUUGUUUAA